AUGAAUGCAGUGAGUCACGGGAAACGCUUCACCCAGAGCUCGGACCUCAUGCAUCAGCGAAUCCACACGGGAGAGAGACCCUAUGAAUGCAGCGAGUGCGGGAAAAGCUUCACUCAGCGAGCAUCCCUCAUCAAACAUCGGAGAAUCCACACUGGCGAGAGACCCCAUGAAUGCUGUGAGUGCGGGAAAACCUUCACUCAGAGCUCAGGCCUUGUUCGACAUCAGAUAAUCCACACGGGGGCGCGAUCCUACGCGUGCACCGAGUGCGGAGAAAGCUUCUCUCGGCGCUCGAACCUGAUCGUGCAUCAGAGAAUCCACACCGGGGAGCGACCCUAUGGGUGCUGCGAGUGCGGGAAAAGCUUCAUUGACAGCUCAUCACUUAAGAAGCAUCAGCGGAUCCACACGGGGGACAGGCCUUACGGAUGCGGCGAGUGCGGGAAAACCUUCACUCGCAGCUCAAACCUCAUCACACAUCAGCGAACCCACACAGGGGAGAGACCCUACGAGUGCAGCGAGUGUGGGAAAAGCUUCACUGACAGCUCUCUCCUCAUUAAACAUCAGAGGAUCCACACGGGGGAGAGGCCCUAUGAAUGCGGCGAGUGUCAGAAAAGUUUCACAGACAGCUCAGACCUUAUUAAGCAUCAGCGAAUCCACACCGGAGAAAAGCCCUAUGAAUGCGGCGAGUGGAAAAGCUUCACUGACAGCUCAGACCUCAUUAAGCAUCAGAGAAUCCACACGGAGAGAGGCCUCAUGCGUGCUGCGAGUGCGGGAAAAGCUUCACGCAGCGUUCGUGCCUUGUUAAACACCAGCGGAUCCACACGGGGGAGAGACCCUACGUGUGCGCCGAGUGCGGGAAAAGCUUCGCUUGGCGCUCCAACCUCAUUGUGCAUCAGAAAAUCCACACGGGGGAGAGACCCUACGGGUGCUGCGAGUGUGGGAAAAAAUUCAUUGACAACUCGGCGCUCCUGAAGCAUCAGCGAAUCCACGUGGGGGCCAGACCUUAUGAAUGCGGCGAG